AUGAAACUUUCCAUUCUGGUGCUUGCGUUCUUCUUCUUCGUUGAGUUCGGAGCUGCUCUCGAUAUCGGAGGUGUGCUCAAUGGAGUCUUAACACCAUUAAACUCUGUCACAGGCAAUUCUGUCGGAAAUAGUGUGAAUGCCAAUGAGGAUCCUCAAAAAGAUUUGGAUGAAAAAUUUAAAGAGUUGGACGAGUUGCUACUAGAAAUAAAGGAAUCAUCUAUUGACAAAGGAAACGCAAUCAAGGGCGAUGCAGUGCAAAAACGUGAGCUAUAUUCAAAGUAA